CUCCGCGCGCUCUUUACGUCCGGAGCCCCGGGAGUAGGAGUUUCCGGCCAUUCAUACCCCCGUUCGGUCGGGACUCUGUUCUCUGGUCUUGUGCGCUAUCGGGCCGAAAGAGUGACGGCGCCGCUAGGAUGAAGCUCGUGAGGUUUUUGAUGAAAUUGAGUCACGAAACUGUAACCAUUGAAUUGAAGAACGGAACACAGGUCCAUGGAACAAUCACAGGUGUGGAUGUCAGCAUGAACACACAUCUUAAAGCUGUGAAAAUGACCCUGAAGAACAGAGAACCUGUACAGCUGGAAACACUGAGUAUUCGAGGCAAUAACAUUCGAUAUUUUAUUCUGCCAGACAGCUUGCCUCUGGAUACACUGCUUGUGGAUGUUGAACCUAAGGUGAAAUCUAAGAAAAGAGAAGCUGUUGCAGGAAGAGGAAGAGGCCGAGGUAGAGGAAGAGGACGUGGCCGUGGCAGAGGAAGAGGGGGCCCUAGGCGAUAAUGCCUUUCAAGAUUACUGUUUCAAAUUGAUGCGUGAUUUGGUAUAUUUUUUUGUACAGGUUUUGUUUGUUUAUGUCAGUUUUUAAUAAACAUAAAUGUGGGACAGAGUUGUCUAUUGUCUGUAUCAAAGUUUUAGUAGUUUCAUGUACGUUCAUUAUGUUAACACAGUAAGAGCUAAGCGUUACUCCUAGACAGUCCCAGGAUAAUUCCAUUCUUAGAUGAUCAUGUUUUGAAGUUUUGAACUAAAAUUUUUAUUUUAUGAUAAAUGUGUCGAGAAUAUAUACUUUUUUACUUUACAUCCAGUAUUUUCUUGUUUCAUUCUGACUCCAUUCAGUAGGACCUACCCAGAGUAAAGUAGUAACUUCUUUUUGGUAUUUCAGAAAUUAAAGGCUUGUGGAAUGGCUUCGAAAAUUGAUUGUUCUUUUUCUAAGUUUUAUUCCAAGGAGACUUGGGUGCUUGAUAAAAGGUGAUAGUCAUUUUCUAAAUCAGGAGUCAGUGAUUUUGUUUUCAUUGUUAACAAUUUUUGUUUGUUGUUUCAUAGAUCCCCAAUAGAAUAUAGUUUUGAGUUCUCCUUGGUUGAAACUGCAGAUAAUAUUCCCUUGUUUAUCAGUUGUUAGUGCCAAAACCGUCUGUUAAUACGGAAUGGACUUGUCAUUGGCUCCUUAUCAAGUACUUGAAUCUUUUAAGAACAAAAGGACAGAUACUUUAUUUUACAGCAAACUAGAUUAUUUCCAAUUGUUAAUAAGGAUCUUUUUCUUUUUUAACGUUUUAAUUGGUCAGGCUUAAAGAAAAAUACCUUUUUAGUGUAUGCAAUUCCUUGUCAGACUCACGACCAUUUGUUUCUGUGCUAAGAAAAAAAGUUAAUGUUGAAGAUGUGGGGGAACUAAAUCUAUGUUUUCAUUUGAUUAUGUAUUGUGGGGUUUUUUGUGCUUUUUUUUUUUUUUUUUUAAUGAGAAGGAAAUUUUCUGUGAAGAUUAAUUACCUAAAAAAUAAGGCCUGGGCUCUGUAAAAGGGUUACUUAAAUUGAGAGAUAGCAAGAGCAUUGUGUGCAUGUUUGUGUACUUGUUUUAAAGAAGUUACUAUAAACAUUUGAAUAUAUAUAUUUAAAAAAACCUUGUUUCAUCAAGAUAAUUCAGGUGCUUCUUGAUUAUUCCACAGUUGACAUGUUUCUUAUAUUCAUAAAUUAUUGAAGCUGUCUCAUAGCGAUUAGUGAUUUUAUCACAAAUUAUCUAGCAAUGGUUAGAUAAUUUUGUUAAAAAUCCUGAGAUCAAAAAACAAGCGUGUCAUUGUAUGAAAUCCAUGGUGAUUAUUCUUUAAAAGGAAAUACAGUAAAGUUAAAUCCACAUGAUAGUAUGUUACUAUUAUGUAACUUUCCUCCAUAUAUUUUGCAAAUUAAAAAGCUGGGGGAGUAAACUCCUGGAUUUCAUUCUUUUCCAUCUUUUGAUCUCCUGGUGUUCGUAUUGGUUGCACCCAAGCAGAAGCUAGAAGGCAAGGAAGCCCAACGAUGAAGCAAGUUGAGUAGAUUUGAAGGGGACAAACAGAGAAGACUCCACACAAGUAGUGAAUAAAUACACUAGCUGGCUCUUGCCCUUAUAGGCCUCAAUAGUAAGGAGAUAAUAAGCAAACAUAGAUAAAAAAUUGCAAAUUAGAUUAACCAAACCCAUUGCAUCGAGUUGAUUCCGAAUCAUCGCCACCCAUAUAGAACAGAGUAGAACUGCCCCAUAGGGUUUCCAAGGAGCACCUGGUAGAUACGAACUGCUGACCUUUUGGUUAGCAGCUGUAGCACUUAACCACUACACCCCCAGGGUUUCCAAAAACUGAAACCUGUUGCCAAUGAGUCGACUCCGACUCAUAGCGAUCCUAUAGGACAGAGUAGAACUGCCCCAUAGGAUUUCCAGGGACCUCCUGGUAGAUUUGAACUGCUGAUCUUCAUGGUUAGCAGCUGUAGCUCUUAAUCACUACACCACCAGAGUUUCGCAAGUUAGAGUACGACAGAUAUAAAGAGUACUUCGUGUUUUCUUGUUUUAAAAACAGUAAGUAGUGGCAGCUCGAUUUGAUAUUAAGCCAAAUACCAUACAACAAAAUUUUAACUACAUUUUGGGAGAGUUUUAAUAUCUAGGAUGUUUGCAGUGUGAAACUGUUACCUUAUAAGGUUCUUUCUUCUCACUGGUCAAGAAUGAGCAGGUAAGGCAUGUAGUUUUCCACACAAGCAAAGCUUUAUUGAAGAGGCUUGUGAGCUGAGAGAGGGGGUCCUAGAGCAAGGUAUACCCCCAUCUCAUAGAACAAAAGACUGAGUUUUUGAAAGUUCUUGGGCAGGAAAAGAUUCAUGUUUAUCCAUAGGCACAGGCGGGGAUAUGUUAUCUAAGGUGCACGCACAGCAGCUUUCCAAGAUGGCUCCUGUCCUGGAGGCCUCUGGGAUUUGUAGCAGGACAUAUUAUGGGGUGUCCCGCCUGCGCAGUCUCUCGCUCCCCAGGUUCAAUUCCCUGGCUGGGGCUGCAGCCCCUCACUGCCUCUGGUGGAAGGUCACACAACGGUCACAGGUGGAUGUUCUGUGCAUGUCCCUGGGCCUGGUUUUCUCCAGCUGCUUCUGAAAGGCAACUUUAAAGAAGGUUGCUGGCUAUUUUUAGAUACCCUGCCCCAUUGUUCUGGGGUAUGGCUUUGUUUCUGUGCCCUGGCCCAUUUCUUCUUAGUUUGCAGAUUUGGGGGCUCCUUGUCUUAAUAAGUCCCUAGGUUCCACACCUAACCCCUAUUACCUCCCUGAUAGUAUGGCCUAUCUCUCUUUUAUACUUGCUCCUCUGACCACACCAGCCUCUUUCCUAGUCCUCAAACAGGCACUCUCCAAUCUCAGGGGCUUUGCUCCAUCUUAAAACCAGUCUAAUAACAUGUUUUAAGUGUAAGAAUAAACCAUUGUGCAUACUAGAUUGACUUAGUCCUCUAGAAGUUACCAUUUGAAGAUAAAACUGUUUGAACUGAUUGCCAUAAUUAGAUAUAAAGGAAGCACUGCAGUGAAUAGAAAACAGACUAGUCAGUAGCAUGCUUCUCUGGCCAAAAACCAAAAGCAUAUAUUAUGAGUGUAGAUAGAACACCUUAGGUGAAAUAAUAGAAAAUCAAAAUUCACAGUGUUUUUAAAGUAUUAUAAUCAUGUUGGGUUAUGCAAAGAUGGCUUUGUAUUUUGAAAUGUAUUAAUAUAGUCAGUAAUCAAACAAAAUUCAUGUGAUCCUCGAUGAUAGAUGCCACAUGCCAAAAUGACAUAGAAUGCUCAUUUCUGAAAAACCUAACCUAGGUAACUUCUUUAACACAAUGAAGAAUGUCAGUCUUAAACCAAUACUUCACAUAUUCUAGAGACAUUUCAAUUAAAACAGUAACCCAAAAAGGUGUAUCUAGUAUUAGUCUUCAUUAUUUAAUGUGAAAAUUCUAGUGGACCCACAAAAUAAGAGGUAUACUUUUGAAAGGGAAAAUUUUUUUGCAAUAUUCUUUCCGCAUAGGAACAUGAUAGUGCUCUAUUUUUUCAAACUAGCUUCUCCUUUUAUAGUUUUAUUUAUGUAUUCCAUAUAUUUUGAAGAAGGUUAGUAUAUAAUAAGAGAUUCAAUUUAUGAGAAAAGAAUAGCAUAGGGUAGAUGUCAAAUAACCUGAAAAUUUUAUGUAUUUUGGUACUGUAGUGAAAGGAUAUUUUAUCCUGCUCUAUUUACUUGAAUUUUAACUAUUUCAUCUAUUCUAGGAUGAAUUUUUUAAAUAUUUUAAUAUCCCUGAAAUCAGGAUUCACUUUAAACGGUGUCCAUUUAGAUAAUGGCAUCAAACUUAAAUUGGCUGUUUUUUUUUUUUCCUUUGUUAGUAAUACAUAAAAUAAUGAUGCAUCUAAAAAUUGAUAUCUUAGAUUCAGUGAGCUAUAGAAAUUCUAGUCUGGUUCAUUUGAUUCUUAAGUAUAGCCAACAUGAGUUACUACUGCGUUGUCUUUAAGUGUUGAUACACAUUGAGCCUACAAGGAGAAUGAAAAGAUUUUUCGUGAUUUCUAGAAUCUUGUAUUUUCGCUUUAUGCACUUUUGGGCAGUAGCAAACAUCAGAACAUCAGCUCUGGCCUUUUUCUGUUUUUGUGUUUUAAUUCCUGAGUCAUAAACCAGGAAUGGUGCCAUAUUUUAGGGGAGGAAAACUGAAGAAUGUAAAGAUAGAAAUUCUCACUGUUUUUUUUAGGUUUAAUGCAGUUAUACCAGUGAUUUUUAAAAAAUACUUUAUUGAUGAUAAAUCAUUCUGUACCAGGUUAUACUAGUUAAUUUAUAGAUUUAAUGCAAUUGCAAUAAGAGGAUUUUUUUGUUUUUUUUAAUUGCGCUUUGGGUGAAAGUUUACAGCUCAAGUUAAUUUCUUAUACAAAAAUUUAUAAACAUUGUUACGUGACACUAGUUUGCAAUCCCUAUAAUGUGACAGCACACUCCCCCCUUUCCACCUCGGUUUCAUUUGUCCAUCCAACCAGGUCCUACCCCUUUCUGCCUUCUCAUCCUGCCUUCACACAGGAGCUGCCUAUUUAGUAUCAUGUAUCUACUUGAACUAAGAAGUGUGCUCUUCACGAGUAUUUUAUAGUCCAGUCUCAUCUUUGUCUGAAGAGUUGACUUCAGGAAUGGUUUACUUCUGGGUUAAAAGAGAUGCUGGGGGCCAUGUCUUUGAGAGUUUCUCUAGUCUCAUUCGGACCCUUAAGUCUGGUGUUUUUACGUGAAUUUGACUUCUGCACCACACUUUUCUCCUGCUCCAUCAGGGACUCUGUUAUGUUCCCCAUCAGGGUGAU